AAAAAACGAUACUCAUAUUUUGGCAUAUUAAUUAUUUAUCAAAAUCCUGAAAAUUUUAGCCGAAAUAUGCCUGGUUUUGUGCCGGAUCACAAUCUUUGGAAGGAGAUUUCACCGAAACUUGAGAGAUAUCGUCACAAACAUCGAGAAAUAAUGAAAGAUUAUCAACCGGAACAAGAGCAGUUUAUUAGGAUGCCAAGGAAAGGCGACGCCAAAAACUUAAAAACAAAAGGCAGAGAACAGGAUUGUAAACCGGAUAAAAAAGGUGAAAAAGUAGAAAAAUUUGCAACUCAGCAAGGGUAUCAAAAGCCAGGAUAUUGCCGCUUGUGUGAACUAGAAUCCCAAAAUGAACGUCAAAGAUGUCAAGACUGCUGUUGUGCCAUAACGUACCACUGCUUCAGGUGUUGUGCUUGUGGUAUUGAAUCUAUGAGUCCACGGGAGCUAUUCUUUGAGCUGGCACCUAGAAUUGUUAAAUAUGAAGGGUCAGAAGAAAAGACCUGGAAGAAUCCUCAAAGGAUAUAUACUUAGAGAUAGAUAUGAUGCAUAUCACACGGCUCUAAUUUUAAAUAAGCAACGUUUGGCAAAAUUUGUCAUUGAAAUUAUAAAAUAAUAUUUAACUCAAUAAAUUAUGCAAUU